CGUCCUUCCAUCAUUUCUAGACUGUAUUUACUUCACCUUUGGAUUGACAAGAUGACAAACGACAUUGACAUUCCAUAUUUUAUAUGGACAGGCGCACAUUUCUGUAAUGUUUAAAUAUAACAAUAGUAAAAUAAUUUAAUAAAAUAUUUAAGAUAAAUAGAUAGAUUUAUGUAUUUACAAAAUAUGGAGUUUGCCAACAAAGCCCUUAGUGUCGUAGGACGUUUUUGGAGAUCGAAUAUAAUGAGGUUCGGGGUUUAUGAUAAAGUCACACCAGUAGAAACAACCCCAAGUAGAAUAGUAUCUGAGAAUAUUAUAAGACCAGAUUAUGUAUUAGGAAAUACAGAAUAUGUUCCUAAAAUAGCUGAAAUAAAAAAUGAUACCCAAAUAAAUGGUAUGAGGGAAAGUUGUAAAUUGGCUGCUUCAAUUUUAAAUCAACUUCAUACAUUCAUCAAACCAGGUAUUACAACAGAUGAUAUUGAUGCAUUAGUUCAUACUUUAACUAUUAAAGCCGGUGCCUACCCAUCUCCACUGCAUUAUAAAGGCUUCCCAAAGAGUGUCUGCACUUCAGUGAACAAUGUAGCUGUCCAUGGCAUCCCAGAUUUGAGACCUUUACAAGAUGGUGACAUCAUCAAUGUAGAUAUAACAGUCUUCUUCAAGCAAAAUCAUGGAGAUUGCUCAAAGACCUUCCUCGUUGGGAAUGUAGAUGAUAAAGGACAACAGCUUGUUCAUAUUACAGAGGAAUGUCUAGAUAUUGGAAUUAAAUGCUGCGGUCCAGAUGUACCUUUUUGUCACAUUGGCUCUGCUAUACACAGGCACGCAAAAAGAAAUGGUCUAACUGUAUUACCUGCAUUUUUAGGGCAUGGUAUCGGACAAUACUUUCAUGGUCCUCCUGAAAUAUACCAUUCUUUAAAUAGAUAUCCUGGGCUGAUGAAGUCAGGUAUGACAUUCACGAUAGAGCCAGUUCUGUCACACGGCAGCGAGAACACAGUUAUACUAGAAGACGGUUGGACUGUGGUCACAGAGGAUGGUGCACGGACUGCGCAAGUUGAACACACAGUCUUGAUCACUGAUGAUGGUGCUGAGAUAUUAACUAAGUAAAUGUAAUCAUAUGUUUAUUAGAAUAUAAGUGUUAUACAUAAAAACAAUUUUUUUUUUGCAAUUUGAAAUAAUAACAAAAGUCAAUUCGCCACAUUUUGCUCAUAGAAGAGAUGUUAUACCAAGAUAUAAGAAGUAAAAUGUACAGAGAGCUUUUGGUAAUGAGUAUGGGCUACCCAAUGUUUAGUUAUCACCAUAGCUACUAGAAAUAGUUUUUAUCUUUUUUUAAUUCUCCAGGAGGCAGUUGCCCUCCUCCCCUUAUCUCCACCUGGCAACGCUAUGCUAACUAGAACUAAAUGCAGCAAAUUUUUCAUCAAUGUCAUGUCACCUCUUGACCCAUUUAUUAAGAUUCUUGUAAAGAAAAUGAAAAGUAUGACGAAAUGUUUUUCAACAGGUGUGUAAAUAAAUG